CUGUAAGUGCAUGGUAAUAGGAAUGAGGAACCACAUCUUUUAUGAAAACAUUUCACAUAGGCUUUUCCUUUUCAAACAUCUCUGUUACUGUUCAUCUUAUUUUUGAUGUGAUACUUGUAGGGCAAAGAUUGUGUCACUGAGGUCUCUCUUUUGACCCUGAACAAAAUACCUCAACUUAUUGCUAGCAAAUACCAAAGUAAAAAUCUGUGUUCAAAAUAAUAAAAAUAUAUUUUUAUUGUAUGCUAUUCAGCGUAUACAAGGAACCAUAUCAGCUGCAGCUGCUUCUCUUUUUUUUUUUUUCUUGUGUGUUAAGAAACAUCUUAUACGUAAUGGCAAUGAUUUAGCAGUGAGAACCUGCUUUUAUUAACCACAGGGCUGUUCAGUGUGUGCCAUAGGAAUGGACAUUGUGGCAGUGGCAGAAGAACAUCCUUAUGUGUCGUGUCCUCUGAGGAAUUCUGCAGGUAGGGGCAAGUUACCUGCAUAAGGCUGGGCCUUCAUGAACACCAUUUAGAAGGGAAAUAGAUGACAAGGUUGCCUUAUAGAUUAAAAAGUCAUCAGGCAAUCUACAUUCAAAAAUCUGAUACAGGCAGCAAAGUGGUUUGCAACCACCUGACCUUUCGAAAUCCUGGCUAUGGAGACACAUUUGCCUUUCUUGCUUAUUGGGAAAUUCCUUUCCACCAAAAUCGGUACAUAAUUAUGAAAAAAGCAGGAUAGAAGCCAUUGCAAAGAACAGCAGAAGAGUUCUUUCAAAUUAUGUGUCUUAGAAAAAAAUAUAUAUAUCCAGAAUUGUAAAAAGUCGCAUAUAAACUCCCAAGCUUUUAAAGUCAGGAAGUUUUUAGCCACAAAGCACUGAUUCCAUGUGCAUCCCCAUUCACCAAAUGCCUGUUAUUAAAAACAACACCUAAAAUAUCUAAAGAACAGUUCACAAACUAAGAUAUCCCAUCAGGAAAUAUUUCAGUGAGACAUGAAUUGGCUGAUGAAAAUAUGUUCGGAUUCAGGCGUAAUUCCAUAGGAAUGUUUAUCUUCCUUUAAACUUAGGACAAAUUUAAGCCUACGCUCCCACAGUGAUCACUGGUUUGCAGGUGUCAGUAACACACAGGCUGAAGUAGCAUCAGCUGUAAGACCCAAAACUGAAAUCCCCCUUCUUGCUGCUGGCUGCCAGCGGAAACGGCCCCGAGAUUGCGGGUCUUGCACAACCCAGAGUUUCAUGUUCAUUGUGCACAACGUAAUCACAUUCCCAGGGUGACUAAAAGCAAGGAAAAAAUAAAACAUGAACGUUUAACCAUUGCUGUGUGCUGUGUGUCACAAACGCUCGUGCUGGCAAAGAGGUCCCAGCUGGGUUUGAGCUCCUGACAACAAACGAAGCAAACGCAGCCACCGAUGUGGAGCCGAAAAUGAAAUUGUCGAGACUGAGAACCGCAGCUUUCAAAUAGCCGGGAGGUGCUAAAACACCCCCUCACCAACACACCUACGACAGCUCCAGGUGCGGUUCUGUUCUCUAUCAAACCCCAUUCAGCCAUUUACAAAAUACGGAAUAAAUAUGCUAUUUAUGCAAGCAUACACCUAAGCGUACUUUGAAGUGCAACUUUCCCGCUUCCCAGGCAGGAUUCUUCGAGAUCACCGGGGGCUGGGGCCCCGAUCUCCAGCGCUCCGGAGCCCGGAGGAGCCGCUGUGUCCGUGCCCAGCCCCGGCUCCCCGGCCGCGCUGAGGGCCGGCCCGCCUCACGGGGCCCGGCGUCCUCCCCCAGGGCACAUGGACUUGCAGGAGCCGGGAUCCCCAUUCCAGCGGCACCGACGGGGCUCCGAAAGGGCUCGGUGGACUCUGGAAGGGCUCUGUGGCCUCUAGAAGGGCUGCGAGUGGGUGCCCGAGCUCCCCUCACGACCGGGCCAGGCCGGGUCCCGCGCAGCGCAGCGCCCCGGCUGCUCGGAAGGCGGAAAUCCCCGGCGGACGAGGCGUGGGAGGGAUAAAGGAACGGCUCGAGGCGGGCGGCUGCUGCUCGGCUCGGCUGGUUCGGCACGGCUCCGGCACGAUGAAGCCGCGAGGGUAUGGAUUUCUGUUACUGCUCCUUCUUAUCCUCAAAACUGUUACCGCAGCAGAGAAGAAGAACAUCAUCAGUAAACUUGGAGACGACGUCACACUAAGUUGCAUUUAUAAUGAAAAGAAACCCUUGCAAUUAAAAAAUCUACGGGUAUACUGGCAAAUAGCUGAUGAUUCCUACCAAGAAAAGUGUUCAGUUGUACAUGCACUGAUCUCUGGCCAAGAUGACAACAGUAAUCAGUGUAUUCGCUUUAAAGACAGGACUCAGUUAUUCUGGGAUAGGUUGGAAAAUGGUGAUUUUUCUCUGCUAUUGCUAAAUGUCAGCCAGAGUGAUGCACAUACAUACAAAUGCAUAGUGCAGGAGAAAACUGAACUUGCCAAAGUGAUUCACCAGGCAGAAGUGGUUCUCAGCUUAGCAGCGAGUUACAGCCAACCAAUACUCAGUGGACCAAUAAGAAACAGUGACAGCACUGGAGAGGAGGUGACCUUUUACUGCAGGUCUGGCAAUGGAUACCCAAAGCCCAAUGUUUACUGGAUCAAUAAAGUGAACAACAGUCGCCUGAAUUCAUCACAAACAGACAUCACACCCCACAAUGAUGGCACUUUCAGUGUUUUCAGCAUGCUGAAGGUGAAAGCCACUUCUAACAUGCAAAUAGAGUGCUCCAUAGAAAAUGAGAUGCUGCAGGAAAAUCUGUCAGCCAACUACACGCAGCAGAAGAAAAGCAGUGGUCCUGGCACAGAAAGUGACAAAAAUACAGAAAAAAAAGGACGAGGUGCUCAAGCAGCUGGCAUCAUUAGUAUUGUCUUUGUGAUAGGUAUUCUAACUGGUUUAAUCUGCUGGCUGUGGAGAAGGAGGUCCUCUAAUCUAGUGUCCUAUAAAGCAGAUGUCCAACAAAGAGAAGACCAAGGAGGACUCAGCUCACCUGCCUAAAUGGAAGGUCUGCCAACAAUUUGGGCAGCUGGAGAUGUGUCAAGAGAAGCAUCACUCCCUCAGUGGCAGCAUUGUUUAUAAUACAAGUGACAGACUUCUGCCAAGAGAGAUGG